UUGUUAGUCAGUUCUCGCUUCGACCUUCUUCUCAUCUCAACUAUCACCUUACUUGCUCCGCAAUUCACGCAUUAUCUAUUUUCACAGCCUCUUCAUCAGCCAAUGCAGAAUGGAGGGGCAGAGCACAUUGUGAAGUAUCUCGAACUUCUACCCCACCAGCUCGCCCGGUUGCUGUGCAUCAUUAUGCAGCUGCGGAGAAAUUUUCAUUCCGGCUGGCCUGUGGCAAAAGCCCUCAAUUAUCCGGCCAUGGAACCUCAAUUCCACCCAUUGGCGGCUAAAUUACUGUGCCCUGAACAACCCAACCGGCUGCUGGAUCGGUAGCAGAUCUUUGACGUCGUGCUCGAUGAUGAUAUAUAUUUGAAAGAAUUUCCUCUCCAGUCUUGCCUCGAAUGUCUGAAAUAUCUUCACGAGCAUCUCAACUUUUCCACCAUCUCAAAACCGUCAAUACAAACAACAUGACUGUCGAUACCGUUACUCUGGCCUCGGGCCACAAGAUGCCAUUGGUCGGUUUCGGUCUGUGGAAAGUCCCGGCCGACAAGGCUUCUGAUAUCGUCUACAACGCCAUUAAGGUCGGCUACCGUCUUUUCGACGGUGCGUAUGACUACCAAAACGAAAAGGAGGCCGGUCAGGGCAUCAAGCGUGCCAUUGACGAUGGUCUCGUCAAGCGAGAGGACAUAUUCGUCACCACCAAGCUAUGGAACAACUACCACAAGAAAGAGGACGCCCUUAAGAUGGCCAAGGCCCAAAAUGAAGCCUGGGGUCUCGACUACAUCGAUCUCUACUUGAUUCACUUCCCCAUCGCUCUUCCUUUCAUUGAGCCUGACAAGCUCCGGUACCCUGGUUGGUGGAUGGACGCUGAUAUGAAGACCAUCGAGACCGCAAAAGUCCCCAUGUCAGAAACCUGGAAAGCACUAGAGGAGGUCGUUGACUCAGGCAUUGCCAAGUCCAUCGGCAUCUCCAACUCCCAAGGCCAAACCAUCUACGACAUCUUGACCUACAACAAGCACCCCAUCUCGGUCCUCCAAGUCGAGCACCACCCAUACCUCGUCCAGCCAGGUCUCAUCGAUCUUGCCCAGGAACAAAAGAUCGCCGUCACGGCAUACUCGUCCUUCGGCCCACAGAGCUUCUUGGAGUUGCCACCCGCGUUCCGUGAGCGACCGCAACAAGUCCCACUGCUCUUCGAGGUCGACCCAGUCAAGAAGGCCGCCCAGCGAGUCGGCAAGACCCCUGCACAAGUCCUCCUCCGAUGGUCAACCCAGAGGAAGAUCGCCGUCAUUCCCAAGUCAAACAACGUCGACCGUCUCAAGCAGAACCUUGAGGUGACAGAUUUCGACUUGACCGAUGAUGAGAUUAAGGCCAUCAGCGCGCUUGACAAGGAUUUGCGCUUCAACGACCCUGGAUUCUACCUGCACAAGCCUCUUCGCAUUUUCGCAUAGAGAUGCUGAGAAAGUGGUUUGAGCGUUUGAGAUAGUAAAAUAAAAUUUGAAACUUCCUCAACCUUCCA